AUACUAUACGCUGUUAUCUCGUGGCUUUUAUUCACGAAUGUUGCUUCACAGUACACAUAAAGCUUUAGAAAGCGAGAGAGAUCUCUUCGCGAAUUGCUAAUCGACGGUGACGUAAACUUGUGUCGCUUUGUACAAAUGUAAAUCUAGGCCAAGCCAGGUGUAAAGUUUUUGUUGACAGUGAAUAUUAUUACAGUGCGUGAAGUCUCUCUAAUUGUAUUAUUGUGGUUUGUGGAGUCGGAUUUCAGUGUUUUAAUUGCGAGAAACAUGUUUUAAUUGCGAGGAAAACGUGACCAUUAAAUGUAAUUUGUACUCAAGAUGAAUUGAAAAGGUACAGCUAUUCAAAUAAUGAUUUUUAUUUUAUCCAGUUAAAAUGUCUUUGCAUAAAAAUGUGCUUUAAGUAAUACGUAAUUAACAAGUUACGAUGACGUAUUCAACAGUUAACACAACGUUUCCGCAUUUAGCGGAAAUUCACCUAGCAUCGGAUCUGGAAGUGAAUUCAACCGGAGGAGAAUAUGUAAUCGACACAAAUAAACGAAAUCACACUGUUAUGGUGGCCAGUGUUCUUUUCGGAUCGGGUGUUCUCGGAAACUUAUUGGCCCUGUUUGUUUUAGCAACAUCGGCUCCGGAACAGAGAAAAACCUUAUUCUAUAAAUUGGUGGCCGGAUUAGCGGUUACAGAUCUGUUUGGAACGUGUACCACCUCACCUGUGGUCAUAUCCGUGUACCUGAACAAUUUUAAAUGGCUGGGAGGGAUGGCCAUGUGUCAUUAUUUCUCUUUUAUGAUGAUUUUUGCUAACUUCACCACAAUGUUAAUCGUCUGUGCCAUGUCAAUAGAAAGAUACAUCUGUGUUCGUCACCCCUAUAUAUACCACACAAGAUUAACGGCAACAUUCGCUAAAACCACAUUAAUCGGUUCAUGGAUAUUAUCAAUGUUAAUCGCUUUUUUACCGAUCGUAGGACUAGGUGAAAAUUCUUUCCAGUAUCCGAGGACUUGGUGUUUUUUUAAUUACACGAGUAGAACUCCUGCCAAUAUGGCGUUUAACUAUAUUUAUGUUAUAUUAGGAUUAGUAACAGUCAGUGUAACUGUUAUUUGUAACGGUGCCGUGAUAUACACUCUAAUUAAAAUGACCAGAAAACAAAAUUUGUUAAAAACCAAAAAUGGGGAUGCGAGAAAGUUCCGGGGGAAUAACAAACGUUAUGCUGAGAUCCAGAUGGUCGUUUUACUCAUUGGAAUAACCAUAGUUUUUACAACCUCGUUCUGUCCUUUGAUGUUUUAUGUUCUUGUGUGCCAGACUAGUCUUGUUAAUGUGAUCAACGUAGAUCAAGCGGGGUUACUCAUGGUGCGAUUCGCGUCGUUUAAUCCUAUUCUCGAUCCUUGGGUGUAUAUAUUGUUUCGCCGUGAAAUGGUCUGGAAAGUGAUUAACCUUAUUAAAUGUAUUUUAAGAAUUGAACCCAAGCCAGUGGUUGUGGAAGGCGCCAUGUUGAAACAGCUACAAGAUGAAGAAUACACGUGUUUGGAUUUCUGUUGGCAUUGUUUAUCCGAACCCCCGCCUCAACGCGUUAAUGCGCCAUUUUCUCAGUCUAGAGCCAGUCAAUUUAAUCGUUCGCCUUCCUAUAUUCGUCGUAUGAGUGAUAGUAUGUAUGGAAAUGGCUCGCUGGCUGUGAAUCUAUUGGUACAACCGUCACCUUCAGACGCCGCCAUGUUAAAGGCGGUGACACAAAGUAAAAUGUAAACUAAAAGAGCGUUGUUAUCGUUUUUGCUUUGAUGACCAAAUGUGGACAGUCAGGGUUUAUAUUUUGGGAAGUGAUCAACCAAAUAAACGAAACGAAAUAGUAUCUUGGUGUUUGUGAAACCAAGAAUGUAGUUCAAUAGUUGACUUGAAGUUUGAAGUGAAAUUGUGAAACUGUAGGAUGUAUGUGAUCGACAUACACUUCCAAUUUAACCAAUACGUGUAUUUAAAGUGUAUUUAUUUAACAUUUUGUGGAAGUUCAUUGGACAAGAAUGAAACUCAUAAUAUAAGGGGGAUCACUCUUGUUUUGCUCGUGUUCUUUUAUUGACGAAAUGCAACUAUUGGCAUAAACUAACUGUGAUAAGUAAAGAACUACUUACUAUGCCUGCCUUCUACAUCUUUAUAAUUUUAUCAUUCCACGAAACAAAUGUCUCACUAUAUUUUACAUGUAUUAAAUAUAAACACCAAAGAAUUAUCUCCCCUUUGUUUUAAAUUCUUUUACUAUACAUAAUUACAUAUUAUCGAAUAUUUCUUAGUGAUUCUGUUGGAUUACGAAUUUUUACAAUAAUAUACAUGUAGUAGGCUACAAGUGUUUGAAAUAUAAUGAGACGCAAUGAAAACGCACCACUUUGAUAACUAACUGUAGAUCUCGUUUGAGAGUACUGGUGAUCACGGUGGCUAAGUGGGUAAGACGCUGGUUCGCUAGCCUGGAGGUCGGGUGUUCGAUCCCUGCAUUGGCCGAGAAAGUUCAUCCAGAUUUUCCCGCGUGGUUCCUCCUUGUCAGUUCGGAUGGGACAAAAACCCGUGGCCCAGUGUACACAUUGGCGUGCACGUAAAGAUUCCUUGACAAUUGGAAUUCGAUAUAAGAGUAGGCCCUAGUGCCGCUGUCCGGGCAAAAUUUCCCUUAUAGCAGACUGUAUGGCGUAUGCCCGUCUCCACUAGCCCAGUGGGUAGGACGUUAAACCCCAUUUCAUUUCAUUUCAUUUCAUUUAAUUUGAGAGGCCCGGUGGGUGCAGAAAAGUAGGACGUUCAGCGCCAUUUUCUUUCUCUUUUGAGAAAUGAGAGAUACACCAUAAUCUUGGAAUUCUGCAUGCAACACCAAAUCACGACGAUAAAGCGUGAGUAUGAUGUUUCACCAUGGAUCAGUGGUCAAACAAUUGUCUCAAAUGUAAUUCGAUAGAAUGGGAAUUCGAAAAUAACGAUUUUGUGGGGGGUAUAAAAUGUGGCAUUUCAAAAGAUAAGGACACCUGAACACCGAGAUCGCAGUAUCUGGUACUGCUGCUACAGAAGUCAAAUCAGUGCUGCGUUUUCAUUGCGUAUCAGUAUAUAUUAUAUAUGAACGAUCUGGCUUGCUGUGCCUUUAAAAUAACGACAAUAGAAUGGCAAGUUUUAUAUCAAAUAUUGUGACCUAUAUAAUAUUACCUAUACAAACAUACGGGAUCUUGUAAACCGCCUCAAAGUUAAAUUGUUUCAAUGGCAUUUAGUAACUGAACUGGAAUAUACAGAUCACAAUUCUAUGGCAUACAAUUACUGCUUAUUACUGAGCGACGUUUUGACUAGGUUUCUCUAUGUCAUUAUCAAGCAUUGAGAAGCCUAGUCGAAACAUCGCUCAAUAAUAAGCAGGAACGGUAUUCCAUAGAAUUGUGACCAGUAUAUGCCACAUAGUUAACCCCUCUAUUCAAAGUAUCUCAAAUGUCUUUCCAAUUUAUGUCUCGUUGAUUCGUGUUGUGAGAAGAAAUACAGUAUUGUACAAAAAUUAUUUAAACUAUUUUGUUGUUUAUAUAUCUCCAUGUAUUCAUUUUUCAAGAAUAAACCUCAAAUAUUGUAUUUGUGUUGACAUCGUAAACCCGCAAUCGGAU